GGAGCUAGCAGGAUAAGCAAGUUUGCGAGACCGAUUGUCUGUCUCAAAUUGUCUUUGUUUCGGGAGGAAUUCUGCUUCGUCACUCGACUUUUAUAUCAUCCUAGAUUAUCUUCCUUGUUUGCUCUUCUCUGGUUGUACCGAUCGACGAACACAUCGAAGGUAACCUUAUCUGGCCAGUAAGCCAGGUCAUCAGGGAAUAUUUUCCUCGAUUACAUAUGCAUUCUUUUGGCUCAUAGCCCACAACCAUUGCAGGCUGAGUCUCUCUAUUGCGAGUCGCGCAUAUGAUUGCGUUACAAAACCAAGCUUUCUACCCUCCUGCCAAAGUGGAUAUCUCACUGCUUCUGAAGCCCCAAGAUGAGGAGGAAGCCGCCUCGGUGACUACUUCGUCCGCCUUCCCUUCGAGGACCCUCCCUCCAGCUUCCAUGGGCCCAGCGAUACCUGUCGCAGCCUCCACGCCUUUGUCAUCCGCACCGCCUCUUACCGCAAAAAUCCCAGCGUCCGUCCCUGCCAAGCGUCUGCAGCCAGCCCAUACAGCCGAGUCUCCGGCCAAGAAGCAAUCGAAGUGGUCCCCCGAGGAAGAUGCACUCAUCAUAGAGUUGCGGGGUAGUGGCAUGAAGUGGGAGGACAUCAGUAAACGGCUCCCGGGGCGAAGCGCUAUCAGCUGCCGUCUCCACUAUCAGAAUUACUUGGAGCGCCGAAGCGAGUGGGACGAGGACAAGAAGAACAAACUUGCAAGGCUAUACGAGAGGUUCAAAGCAGAGAUGUGGUCAAAAGUAGCAGAAGAGAUGGCCAUCCCAUGGAGAGCCGCGGAGGCUAUGCAUUGGCAGCUAGGGGAGCAAGAAAUGGCACGCCGGGCUGGCGUAGUCCCAUUUUCGUUAUCGAGUUCAGCCAUAGAUCCGCCAGCGACCAGAGUUCGCAGGGCCAGUACAUCGUUAUCUCGCCCAAGAAAAGGAUCUGCAUCACGUACUAUUCCUCCGCCCCAACUUCCGUCAGUUGAAGAACUUACCGCUGGUGUUCCUGCGUAUGCGCCAGCCCCGCCGUUUCCCCUACCGCGCGAUGCCUAUCAGUUUCCCCGUCCUCUGGACUUAAGCGGCAGCCAUAGCGGGCAUUUAGGACCUCCCUAUGGUUUGCCGCCUCGAACGCUGCCAUAGCGGAAUCGAAAUGAUCCCAAAGUUCUCGUUUUCCUCCUUUUCCUUUUUGUUUCUGAUGUUUCUUUUCUUUUGUUUUAAAUUCCGUGUUGUUAUGAUAUGCAUAGCGCAGGUUGAAGGUGUUCCUCACUAUUUGUGAGGGGAGUUCUCAUAGAAACGAUCUCCGUGAUCCCCUGGCUUUU